CAUUUUCAUUUCAGUUCUUCACCGGUCAAGUUCGGUUAUCGACAUGAACUUGCCGGCUUUUGUAUUCUCUUGUUUCUUAGUCUCAGUCAGUGCCAAAAUUUUCAAGAGAUGUGAACUGGCGAAAGAACUGAAGUACAGAUAUGCGAUCGACGUCAAAGAAAUACCUGUAUGGGUUUGUAUCGCCAAACACGAAUCCAAUUUCAACACUUCAGCUGUGAACUUAGCUAGUGGUGAUCACGGUCUUUUUCAAAUAAGUGAUUUGUAUUGGUGUGGAACGAGUCGAAAGUCAGGUGCUUGUUACGCACACUGUGAUUCCUUCAAAGAUGGGGAUUUGAAUGACGAUCUUCGGUGCAUUAGAAGGAUCUUCAACGAACAUAAAAGAUUAUCUGGUGAUGGGUUCAACGCUUGGGUUGUUUACCCUUUGUACUGCAAAGGUAAUACUGAUCAGUAUGUGGAAGGUUGUUUUGGAAAUGACGAAUUGAGUACAACUACGCAACCAUCGACUACAACCGGUGAUAUUGAUGAAGAAUAUGAGUUUCCACCACUACCAGUCUUCCCGAAGCAGAGAACGGAAGUGGCUCCACCUAUAUGGUGGUCGGCUUUUUCAAAGCAAAAAACUGAUAUUGUCCCAUCGAUAUGGUUGAUAGACGAGGAGGAUCUCAUUUUUCUUUAGUUGAAGAAUUUAACUAAUGUAACAUUAAAUGAACUGUAUGAGUGAUUUACUGUUAAGUUUCCAUUUACAUAUUUUUACAUUU